AUGUCCGGAACUUCCAGCGUUGGUCAGAGCGGCGUCUACGAGGCCGGCGACCAGAGAAACUACAAGGACGAGGAGGUCAACAACGCCGAGCGCUUCCAUGAGGGUACUGAACACUCGCACUUGGCUACCGACUCCAAGGACGAGAGAUCCAUCGCCAACAGACUUGCCGCUGAAGAGAAGAAAGACAAGGAGGGCGACGAGGAAGAGUCCGAAGAGGUCCGCCUGGGCAAGUUGGACCCCACACUUCCCGCGAAGAUGCACGGCAACAAGCCCUCAAGGGGCGCAAAGAUCGACGCGCAGAUUCAGGCAGAGGAGGAGGCCGAGCUUGAGCGGAAGGGCAAGGCUUGA